UUGGCAUCUGGAUGUCCCAACAAUACACAACGCAGUCGCAGACUGGUGGGAAUGAUUUAUUUCAAUGGUGUCUAUGGGACAUUGAAUGACUUUGUAACAGAGCUGGUGGAUAGCUGUUCCAUUCAUUUAUCCCCAAAGGUGUCAAUUUCGCUUGAACAUGGAGGCUCUAAUCCCCGUUAUAAACAAGCUUCAAGAUGUCUUCAAUACGGUGGGAGCAGACAUAAUACAGCUGCCGCAGAUAGCAGUCGUUGGAACCCAGAGCAGUGGGAAGAGCUCUGUGUUGGAGAGCCUGGUUGGCAAGGACAUGCUGCCCCGUGGGACAGGUGUAGUGACCCGCCGGCCACUCAUCCUACAGCUCGUCCACGUGGAUCCUGGAGCUGGCAGGAAAAUGAAAGAUGAGAAUGGCGUGGAAGGAGACGAAUGGGGCACAUUUCUACACACCAAAAACAAGAUCUACACAGACUUCAGUGAAAUCAGGCAGGAAAUCGAAAAUGAAACGGAAAGAAUUUCAGGUACUAACAAGGGGAUCAGUGAUGAGCCUAUUCACCUGAAGAUCUUCUCUCCUAAUGUGGUGAACCUCACUCUGGUGGAUCUACCUGGCAUCACCAAGGUCCCAGUGGGCGACCAGCCCAAAGACAUAGAGGUGCAGAUCAGAGAGCUGAUCCUGAAGCACAUCUCCAACCCCAACUCCAUCAUCCUGGCUGUGACCGCUGCCAACACAGACAUGGCCACCUCAGAGGCCCUCAAAGUGGCCCGCGAGGUCGACCCCGACGGCAGGAGGACACUGGCGGUGGUGACCAAGCUGGACUUGAUGGACGCUGGUACUGAUGCUAUGGAUGUCCUGAUGGGCCGGGUCAUCCCUGUCAAACUGGGCCUCAUAGGAGUGGUCAACAGGAGUCAGUUGGACAUCAACAAUAAGAAGUCAGUGAGCGAUGCCAUUCAAGAUGAACAUGCUUUCCUGCAGAAGAAGUACCCCUCUCUCGCUAAUAGAAAUGGAACCAAAUAUCUGGCCAGGACUCUGAACAGGUUACUGAUGCACCACAUCAGAGACUGUCUACCGGAGCUGAAGACGCGUAUCAACGUGCUGGCGGCUCAGUACCAGUCUCUGUUGAGCAGCUACGGCCAGCCCGUGGAGGACCAGAAUGCCACCCUGCUGCAGCUCAUCACCAAGUUCGCUGCAGAGUACUGCCACACCAUCAAGGGCACGGCCAAGUACAUUGAGACGGCCGAGCUAUGCGGUGGUGCCAGAAUCUGUUACAUAUUUCACGAGACUUUUGGGCGAACAUUAGAGUCAGUGGAUCCCCUAGGAGGACUCAACACCAUAGACAUCCUGACUGCCAUCAGGAACGCCACUGGCCCUCGUCCGUCUCUGUUUGUGCCUGAGGUGUCGUUUGAGCUGCUGGUGAAGAAGCAGGUGAAGAGUCUGGAGGAGCCCAGCCUGCGCUGUGUAGAGCUGGUCCACGAGGAGAUGCAGAGGAUCAUCCAGCACUGCAGCAACUACAGCACACAGGAGCUGUUAAGAUUUCCAAAGCUCCAUGAUGCCAUAGUAGAAGUGGUCACCUCUCUGCUCAGGAAAAGGCUGCCUAUCACCAAUGAGAUGGUGCAUAAUCUGGUGGCCAUAGAGCUGGCCUACAUCAACACAAAACACCCUGACUUUGCUGAUGCCUGUGGGGUCAUGAACAACAACAUAGAGGAGUCGAGGAGAAACAGAAUGAGAGAGCUGCCCACUGCAGUCCCCAGGGAUAAGUCCGUAGUUAAGGGUCCAGUCGGCCAGCCUCCCAUACCUACCGAGCCCCCUGCCUCUUUGGACGCGGAGGGUGCCAAGGCUCCCGGAGCAGGGCCCCAGGGGGACCAGGAGGGGACAGGGAACUGGAGAGGCAUGCUGAAGAAAGGGGACGAGGGGGCCCCCGGCUCUGGCCCCGCCAGCCCCCAUAAGGGCCUUGCCGUCAACCUGCUGGAUGUGCCCGUUCCCGUUGCCAGGAAGUUGUCUUCUCGGGAGCAGCGUGACUGUGAGGUCAUCGAGAGACUCAUCAAGUCCUACUUUCUCAUUGUCCGGAAAAACAUCCAAGACAGCGUGCCCAAGGCAGUGAUGCACUUCCUGGUGAACCAUGUGAAGGACAGUCUGCAGAGUGAGCUGGUGGGUCAGCUCUAUAAGUCUGGUCUCCUCAACGACCUGCUCACUGAGUCUGAGGACAUGGCCCAGAGACGCAAGGAGGCUGCAAACAUGCUAGAGGCUCUGCAGAAGGCCAGUCAGGUCAUUGCUGAGAUCAGAGAGACUCAUCUGUGGUAAGGAGGAGAGCUCCAACGAAGUCACUCUGUAAUCUACUAAUCAUGUCUGGAAGACUUGGGAUUUGCCAAUGUGAAAAUGCACUGUUGUGGUUCAUGUAGGUGUUUUGAUUGAUACAUGUUACUGGCUCACAGCUACAUUAAGGCUAAAUGCAUAUCAUCGCUCACCUGUAUAAGAAGACCGAUACCUCAUUAAGGCAUAUCUGUACUGUGUAGUUAUAACCAAGAAUGUUUGAAGGCCAAACUGUCCUAUCUUCAGCUGUCUGAGUGUAACACAACAGGGAGAGAUUGAUGGAUUGUUCUUCUGUAGCCUAAAUCAAAGCUGAAACUCAAACCUCAGUUUCACACCCUAGCCUUCGAGUUGUGUAAAUAUUCUCCAGUUCACGGAAAAUUGAUAACACUCCAAAAUAUAACCCUAAAGAUCUUUAUUUAUUACAUGUAUUUAAGUUAUAAUGUCCAAAGCACUGGUGCCGCUUACUAUGUAAUUUGAUGUUUACAAUGUGCAGGCAAUAAGUGGUACAUGUAAUAUGUAGUGCAUCCCUUACGGAAAACCCCCAUGAAUUUCACAUGUGAUCUCAUGUGAUUUUAUGUGAAGUUAAUGUGAUAACGUGACAAUAUGAAGCAACGUGAUAACAUGAAACUACACGUGACAACAUGUCAUGUGAAAUAAAUGUUACACAUGGGGAUGCAAAGUUUUUACAUGUGAUACCAUG